AUGAAAUUAUCUGCUCUAUUAGCUUUAUCGGCCUCCACCGCCGUCUUGGCAGCUCCAGCUGUUCACCAUAGCGACAACCACCACCACAAUGACAAACGUGCCGUUGUUACCGUUACCCAGUACGUCAACGCAGACGGCGCUGUUGUUAUUCCAGCCGCCACCACCGCUACCUCAGCGGCUGCUAAUGGGAAGGCCGAGUCCGUUGCUGCUGCUACCACUACUUUGUCCUCGACUGCCGCGACUACCUCUGCCGCAGCUUCCUCCUCCUCAUCAUCAUCAUCUUCCUCCUCUUCAGUUGGUUCUGGAGAUUUUGAAGAUGGUACCAUUUCCUGUUCUGAUUUCCCAUCUGGACAAGGUGCCGUCUCUUUGGACUGGUUAGGUCUAGGUGGCUGGGCCUCUAUCAUGGACAUGAACGGUAACACUGCUACCUCUUGUCAAGACGGAUAUUACUGUUCUUACGCUUGUUCUCCAGGCUAUGCCAAAACUCAAUGGCCUUCUGAGCAACCUUCCGAUGGUAGAUCUGUUGGUGGGUUGUACUGUAAGAACGGUAAGUUGUACCGUUCCAACACUAACACCAAUAGCUUGUGUGAAGAAGGUCAAGGUUCUGCCCAAGCUGUUAACAAGGCCUCUGGCUCCAUUGCUAUUUGUGGUACUGAUUAUCCAGGUUCCGAAAACAUGGUCGUUCCUACCGUAGUUGGCGCUGGUUCCACCCAACCAAUCAACGUCAUCAAGGAAGACUCCUACUAUCAAUGGCAAGGUAAGAAGACCUCUGCUCAAUACUACGUUAACAACGCUGGUGUCUCUGUGGAAGAUGGUUGUAUCUGGGGUACUGAAGGUUCUGGUGUCGGUAACUGGGCCCCAGUUGUCUUGGGUGCUGGCUACACUGAUGGUAUCACUUACUUGUCCAUCAUUCCAAACCCAAACAAUAAAGAAGCCCCAAAUUUCAAUGUUAAGAUCGUUGCCACCGAUGGCUCUACCGUCAAUGGUGCUUGCUCUUAUGAAAAUGGUGUCUACUCUGGUUCUGGCUCUGACGGUUGUACCGUUUCAGUCACUUCCGGUUCUGCUAACUUUGUCUUUUACUAA